GGUAUGCCAAAAACUCAACAGCGGCUUCUCAACUACGCCACCUCGAUUGCCAAGUGUCCAACCGAAACUUCCAACUACGGAUCGUGCGUCUCAGUUCAGGCUGAACGUAUCAAACAGGGUGAUUGCAGUGCAGAAUUCAGAAAACUAAUCGACUGUGUGACAAAAAAUUUGAAGAAGAAAUAAAUUCAAUAAACAAUGAAAGUUAAACGACUCAAACGAGCAAAUCGUCUGUUAACAUUCUACAAAUACAACUACAAGUUUGUCGCUCCUUAUCGUGUAUUAGUUGAUGGAACAUUCUGCAAUGCGGCACUCCAAGAAAAGCUCAACCUUGCUGAACAAAUUCCAAAAUAUCUCACCGAGGAGACACACCUAAUGACAACAAAUUGUGUGUUGAAGGAACUAGAAAAAUUCGGACCACUUCUUUAUGGAGCUUUUGUCAUUGCCAAGCAGUUCGAAAUUGCAGAAUGUACACAUUCAACUCCCCGAGCGGCUUCUGACUGUCUUGCUCAUUUAGCUCGGCGAGCUGCAAGUGGAAAAACCAAAUAUUUGAUUGCAACCCAGGACGAUGAAUUAACUGAAAAGCUGAGAGCAAUCGUUGGAACACCGAUUAUGUACAUCAAAUUUAAGACUGUGCUACUUGAUAAUAUUUCUGAAGCUACAAAGGCUGGCUGUUCUAAAGAAGAAUCCGAAAUCAAGAAGCUAAAGGAGUUAAAAAAUGCGCUGAUCGGCCAACAAGAAUUGAAGAAGAAGAAAAAGAAAAAAGGAGUCAAUCCAUUGUCGUGCAAGAAGAAAAUUAUGAAAGCGUCUGUGGAUAUCGUCAGAACUGGAGAGAGAACUGCUUCAGGAAAGAGGAAAAGGACAAAAAAGAAGGGAUCCUCCAUGGAUGAAGAGUAAAACAUAAUGAUCUCUUCCGUUUUUACUUGUUUUUGUUGAUUUUUAAUUUUUUUUCUGUUGAAUGAAAAUUCAUUUUGUG